GAGAAACCGACGUAUGACAUACCUAGUUGGUGUGUUCUCCAAUCUUCCGAUAAGCCAAAAAAAAAGGCCGAACAAGUAAUGAGAAAAAAUAAAAAUCAACAUUCGCCGGGCAAAUCUACAUCAUCUACAUCAUUUGAAAUUACAUUAAAAAUUUGCAAUUGCAAAUUUGAAAAAAAUAAAAAAUUGAAAAACUUUUAAACAAAGAAUUAAUGAACUCGUAGAAAUGGAAAUGUAUUUUGAAAGUGCAAGUGCCGGAAACUUUGUUAGUUUAGUGGGAAAAUGAAAUUAUGGUGAAAAUUUAUUCAAGUGGAAAUGGAAUUGGAGAAAAAAUGAGAUUUUGUUAAAUCGUCCUAUCAUCAAUUGGCUGGAAAAUGUGAAAGAAUUUUGUAAUUUAUACUGAAUAAUGAAAAUAUCGAUAACGCUGCACGCGGUGCGGCGAUCUACGUGUAUGAAAAAAUUUAUAAUGACUGGAGGAACCGGAUCAGGAUGAAAGACUACGAAUGUAUAAUGUCCAGUAGGAUUUCCAUGUUGAACAAGGGAUCACAACCAGAAACCGCAGGCGGUUACUGCAAUUAACGUAUCACCUUUCAUCGGUUUUCAUCCACGUUUUGCACUACCAAUUAUAUGAUUUCAUUUGGUAACCAGUACAGUCCUGUUUUACGUUGGUCAACCAAGUCAACCAAGUGUGGAUAUAUAAGCAAAGAAAUCCCAAAUAAUGAUAUAUUAUUGAAUUAUUCAAGUGAAAGAUAAUCAUUGAAAAAUAGAGAAACACCGCAUCAUGCAAGCAUGAUCCGUCCAGACGGAAGUACGAUAAAGCACAGUUUUCCCGCUGCCACCACCGCCGCCACCGCCACACGAAACGAGGUAAUAAAAACAAAAGGGAUUCUUCGUUGAGGACAUGAAAAUGUAUUCUGUCCAGCUUUCUGUUUGUCUAGUGCUUUCUUUGAAUAAUCAAAUGGCGCUAAAAAAAAUCUCUUUUACCACGGAGCAAGUGUAGCAGGACAAUGUGCAGAAGUGGGCAGUGAAAAGUGAUAGAAAGGUUUUUAUGGUGGGCUCUUUGGGGGAGAAGGAAGAGAAAGAACAAACGUGAAAAGAGUAUAGAUGCCCGGGCUGCCGGGAUUGCAAGAUAAAGUGGGGUGGGCAGAAGGCCGAUAUACAAGAGAGGAUGACCUAGUCGUGUGGGAGUGGGGCGCUUGGGAUGCUCCGGAUUAUCGGUUAAGAUCGGAUGGAGGGGAAGGAAGGAAGUACGGAAAAUACUUGGCAUCUAAAUGUCACGCCGAUUACAGUUGUAGAGGAUACAAACAACUUUUUCGGGGGUUUUCCUGGCAAAACUUCCUCCUACACAACAACCCAGGCAAUAGUGGUUGCAUUGGUACUUGGAAGCAUCGUAAUAGGCACCGUAAUAGGAAACAUACUAGUGUGUGUGGCGGUAUGUUUAGUUCGAAAAUUACGACAACCCUGUAACUACUUACUCGUGAGUCUAGCAGUGAGUGAUCUCUGUGUUGCCCUUUUGGUGAUGCCAAUGGCACUGCUAUACGAGAUAUUGGGCACCUGGUCAUUUGGACAAUUUCUAUGUGAUCUGUGGGUGAGCUUUGAUGUUCUCAGUUGUGCAGCGAGCAUUCUCAAUCUUUGUAUGAUAUCCGUUGACAGAUACUGGGCCAUCACAAAACCACUGAAGUACGGUGUGAAACGAACCCCACGACGUAUGAUACUCUGCGUUACUCUCGUCUGGCUCCUUGCAGCUUGUAUUAGUCUUCCACCUCUUCUUAUUCUCGGCAACGAACAUAAGUUCGAGAUGGGUGCUUGGCAUUGCGACGUCUGUCAAAACUUUGGAUAUCAGAUUUAUGCAACUCUUGGCAGUUUCUACAUACCACUAAUCGUCAUGAUUGAGGUCUAUUAUAAAAUUUUUUGCGCGGCACGAAGAAUAGUACUCGAGGAAAGGCGUGCCCAGAGUCACCUCGAGGCCCACUGCAAUGUGGAUAUAGAACCAUCAACGCAUCACACGAGUGCCGUUGGUCGACCGUUGAAUUUUGACGCUCAACCCACUCACAGUAGUCCCACCAUUAAACAACACCGCAGCUCCAGUGCUUCUACCACGUGUAGCGGACACGGAGUCAAGUGCUUUGCAGGUGGUCCACGCAAGAGCAAUGAAUCACAGUGUCCAAUGUUAUUAAAAACUGACAAAACAAUAGUUUCAUCAACUACCGUGAUAACAAAAUCAACAAUCGUGCGAAAUCAUUUCAAUAGCACUUGCAGUGUAUCGAAUUCUCCACAUCAGAAGAAACUUCGAUUUCAAUUAGCCAAGGAGCGAAAAGCGAGCACUACACUUGGCAUUAUAAUGAGUGCAUUUACUAUUUGCUGGUUACCAUUUUUCGUUCUCGCUCUGGUGCGUCCAUUCUUGAGUGAUCCCAAGGCUAUUCCAAAAUCACUCUCCAGCUUAUUUCUCUGGUUGGGCUAUUGCAAUAGUCUCCUCAAUCCAAUAAUUUAUGCGACAUUGAAUCGUGAUUUUCGCAAGCCAUUUCGCGAAAUUUUAUUCUUUCGUUGUGGUAAUUUGAAUCACAUGAUGAGAGAAGAAUUUUACCACAGUCAGUUUGGGGAUCCAGUCAAUAAUUAUGUUAUUAAAUCUUGUGAGCAUGACGAAGGUGGUGAAUGCCUUGAGAAUCAUGCUCUAGAGACCACAAUUGAUGGGGCUAACAAUCCAGCCAACGAGAGUUUUCUAUGAUCAACGGAUCAAUGUAGUAGAAAAAUGGCUGAAGUGACUCUCGUCAGAUCUCUCAACUCAACCAGUAGUGGAUAAAUUCAUUCCUCGUGACCCUUUAAAGCUACAGGAUGAAAAGCUACGGAUAAUAAAAAUAAUAAAUGGAUGAUGCAAAAGAAAUCACAAAGCGAUUAUUCAUGGCAUUUUCCCAGUGGCACAUCAUCCCCCUUGCUUCACUCUCGUGUGACUCUGCCUUCGAUCCAAAGUGAUCCAAAGUGAAAAGAGUCAACUGAUGGAGAGAAGAAAAAAAAUGCUUGUGAUCCAUCAAACACUGUCAAUGACCUCUGAUUAAAUUGCAAAGCUCAACAAAGGAAUCAUUGAUUGAUGCUUUUUUCGCAAUUGAGAAAGAAGAACCAAUUUUCCAAACAAAGAUAGAGUACGUGAGACUAUAGUGGUCGCCAUUGGAUUUUGGCGUGGAAUCUUGUUUGAAUCAGAUAAACUAUCAUUUAUAAUAUUGCUAUCUCUGAAAUAAUGGUAAAUUUAUCAUCAAGAGAGAGAGAGAGAGA